AGCACGUGACGAGGAUCGGCCUGUGGGCAGCCCCGCCCCACUGCUCAGCCGCCCGACGCGCCAUGUGGGCCCUGCGGGCCGCCGUACGCCCGGGACUGCGGCUCUCCCGCGUGGGCCGCGGCCUCCCGGCUCCGAGGGCAGCAGCGCCGUCCUGUCCUGUGCGCGCGCUCGCCGCUGCCGGCCCCAGGGGCCCCGGGAAUCUGGAGGGGUUAUGCGGCGGAGGGCGGGGUCUGCGGGCGGACGGCGGUCGAAGCCGCGCGGAAGACGACAAGGAGGAGCCGGAAGAUGCCGACGAGAACGCGGAGGAGGAGCUGCUGCAGGGAGAGCCUCUGCUGCCGGCGGGGACCCAGCGCGUGUGUCUGGUUCACCCUGACGUCAAGUGGGGCCCGGGGAAGCCGCAGAUGACGCGAGCCGAGUGGCAGGUGGCGGAGGCCACAGCACUGGUGCACACGCUGGACGGCUGGUCUGUGGUGCAGACAAUGGUCAUAUCCACCAAAUCACCGGACAGGAAGCUCGUCUUCGGCAAAGGAAACUUCCAACAUCUGACAGAAAAGAUCCGAGGGUCUCCAGACAUCACGUGCGUCUUCCUGAACGUGGAGAGGAUGGCAGCCCCGACCAAGAAAGAACUGGAAGCUGCCUGGGGCGUGGAGGUGUUUGACCGCUUCACAGUCGUCCUGCACAUUUUCCGGUGCAACGCCCGCACGAAGGAGGCCCGGCUUCAGGUGGCCCUGGCGGAGAUCCCGCUGCACAGGUCGAACCUGAAACGGGACGUCGCCCACCUGCACCGGGGAGCCGGCUCGCGCUACAUCAUGGGGUCAGGAGAGUCCUUCAUGCAGGUGCAGCAGCGUCUCCUGAGAGAGAAGGAGGCCAAGAUCCGGAAGGCCCUGGACAGGCUUCGUAAGAAGAGGCACCUCCUCCGGCAGCAGCGGACGAGGCGGGAGUUCCCCGUGGUCUCCGUGGUGGGGUACACCAACUGCGGAAAGACCACGCUGAUCAAGGCGCUGACGGGCGACGCCGCCAUCCAGCCGCGGGACCAGCUGUUUGCCACGCUGGACGUCACGGCCCACGCGGGCGCGCUGCCCUCACGCAUGACCGUCCUGUACGUGGACACCAUCGGCUUCCUCUCCCAGCUGCCGCACGGCCUCAUCGAGUCCUUCUCUGCCACCCUGGAAGAUGUGGCCCACUCGGUGAGU